AUGGCCGCCGCCCUGACUGGCCCUCGCACUGUGCCUGGAGAGCCCUGGCCCACGACCCUGAGCCUCCUCCUACUCCUGUUUCUCCUGCCUCCCACCCAGGUUGCAGCCACAGCCCACAGGCACCCUGCCAGUGAGGACGUCGCCUUUAGCCGUGAUGUGGCCUGUGGCCAGCGGCCUGUGCAAGGGAGGAUACUGGGAGGCGUGGAUGCCCUUGAGAGAAAGUGGCCGUGGCAGGUCAGUGUGCACUACACAGGUUUCCACAUCUGUGGUGGGUCCAUCGUUGAUGAGUACUGGAUCCUGUCGGCUGCCCACUGCUUUGACAGGAGUACGAACACUGAGGCAUAUGAUAUAUAUGUGGGCCUUGUGGACCUCCUGGUUGCCGGCAAUCACACACAGUGGUUUGAGGUGAAUAGGGUGAUCAUACACCCCACCUAUGAAUUGUACCACCCUAUUGGAGGCGACGUCGCUCUGGUGCAGCUGAAAAGCCGCAUUGUUUUUUCCGACGCUGUGCUUCCCGUCUGUAUUGCACCCCCAGACUUGACUCUUUCGAACCUUUCUUGCUGGGCUACAGGAUGGGGAUCCAUCUCCCAACAAGGCGACACGUCAAACAAGCUGCAGGAGGUACAGCUGCCUCUGGUCCCAUUGUACCUGUGCCGACUGCUCUAUGGACAAACAAACAUUCAGCUGGACAUGCUAUGUGCCGGAAACAUCAGGGACAUGAAGACUGCAUGUCAGGGUGAUUCUGGGAGCCCACUUGUCUGUGAAUUCAACCACACCUGGGUGCAAAUUGGAGUAGUGAGCUGGGGGAAGGGUUGCACAUACCCUAUGUUUCCUACAGUUUUUGCCCGAGUCUCCUUUUUCUCGAGAUGGAUUCAACGUCACAUAGAAAACACACCCUUACCUCUUCAGCCACUCCCUGCCCUCUCCCCUACUCCGGGGGCCAUCAUCAACGUCCUUAUGACCUUAUUGGCUGCCCUGUCAAUGCUGUAA